AUGAACAGCGAUGAUGAAGCUGUUACUAUAGAUAUAGAGGCACAGAGUCCCCCUAAAUCGCCACCAAGAUCUCCAAAUACUAAGUCAAAUAAUUUAGAUCCAUUUAGUUUUUAUUCCAAAGGAAAUUCAAAUGUCGACACUCCAAAAACACCUCAAAAACAGAAAAAUUCUACAGAAAAGCAACCAAUUACACCUACAAAACAGAGUAAUGCUGAUGCCAAUUCAGUUCAUUCACGAGAUAUCGAAAUACCGAAUGAAGAUGAGGAUAAAAUCACGUUUGGAAUUGAAGCAAUCUUCAUGUUACUAGGUACUAAUGUUCUUUUUUCAUAUAAUACAUUCAUCAACGGUCUUGAUUUCUAUGAUACAUUAUUCCCAGGAAAAAAUGCGCCAACAAACAUUGCUAGAGCAUACAAUAUCACGGCUUCUCUAAUAUAUAUCUUCUCUCUUCCAUUUAUUGAACGUUUUACGCUUGUUACGCGCUUCUAUUUCUCAUCAAUUGGAAUAACGAUUAUGAUGUUCUUUACUUUCCUUUAUUCUAACAUCGGAACCCCUAUAUACGGAGUUAUAAUCGGCGCUGCUGUAUUUGCAGCCCUAUUUUCAGGCAUUCUUUUUGGAACAACAAUGGGAUUUGCUGGACUCUUUGGAGCAAACUGCAGUUCGGUAUGCACAGCAGGUCUUGCUUUGGGAGGAUUAGUUACAUCAAUAGUCAGAGUUCUCUCAAAACUAAUGGGAAAAGGAGAAGGAUGGUUUUACUUCGGUUUUACAGUUGUUUUUAAUACUUGUUCGGUAAUAGCGUUCAUAUUAUUCAAGAGAAGACCAAUUGCUAUAAGAAGAAUCAGCCAUUCUCAUACUUCAACAGAUUUCUUGGAUAGAAUGAAAAGAAUUAAAGGAGUUUUCCUUAAAAUAUGGCCAUUUGUACUUGAAGCAUGCUUGUGCAUGAUGAUUACAUUGACAUUGUUCCCUGGUUACGCAUGUUCAAUCAAAUCUAAACAUGGAUUAUCAAAAGAUUGGGUCACAACACUUGUUACUUCAUUUUAUAUGGUUGGAGAUUUCUUCGGUAGACUAUUUACAAGGUGGUGGGCAUGGCCAAGUGCUAAAUGGCUUUGGGUUCCCCACAUUUCUAGAUUAAUUUUCUUUGUUUUGUAUAUUAUACCUAUAGAAAGUGUCUUCUUAGAAGAUGAUAUCUUCAUAUAUUUCGUUACUCUCGCGCUGGCAUUGACUGGUGGCUUCUGGAUUGGUUUGUGCAUUACUUACACUGCAAAAGACGAAAAACUUGAGGAGGAUGAGGUUGAACUCGCCGUAUUUUGCACAAGCUUAGCAUUGAAUCUUGGUAUAUUCAUUGGAAGCUGGCUUACUUACGCAUUGCCAACACAUUAA